AAGACAGUGGAGGACAAGUUAAAGGAUAUAACGGGCAAGGAGGCAGCGCUUUGGGCCGUAUCUAGAACUCAGGAUAACCAGGUCUAUCUGCGUACUCACCUCACGCAGCCACCGCACACAGUGUUCCUCGACCAUCGAGCACAUGUGCAUUGCUGGGAGUCAGGAGCCCCUCCAGUCAUGUCUCAAGCUUCUGCAAUAACAGUUUAUGAAAAUAACGGUGUCCAUUUGAUGCUGGAGGAUGUGGAAGGAAAUAUGAUCGCUGAUGAA